AUGGGCAACGGCAUCGACGCGCAGAAAAGAGCUCAGGUUCUAGGUACUAUUUCCUUCCUUGAGAAGGAGAAGAUUCCUUAUUUCAAGUCGCGUGUUUUUGAGCACUUCGGAGUGAGCAGACGACACGGCUGGGAGAUCGUCCGCCAACUGCGCAACCGACCUGGCCUUCAAGAUGACCCCAAUCUUCCCGACCCCGAAGAAACACGUAUCGAAACACGUGGUCGUAAAAAGAUUCUUAGAGCUGACGACAUCACCACGAUGGAGAGGCUAAUCUGGCAAUACGGUUUCGAGGGCCGAGUCGUUUCCUGGGAAGCGCUAGCACGCGAAGCAGGCGUCACAGCGGAAGCUAGCAGACGAACAGUUCGACGGACACUUGAUACGCUUGGGCACCGUAAAUGCGUCGCGUGCCGGACCGGAUGGGUCUCGCCAGCAAUUGCUAAAAAGCGCCUCGAGGCCGCGACAGUAGCGCUUCGAGAACGCCCAACGCCUCAACAAUGGCGUGAUAUCCGGUGGUCUGAGGCGGUACAUUUUGGUCUUGGGCCCGAGGGCCAGAUUAUGGCCAUUCGGAAGCCUGGUCAACGGCAUUGCCCAAAUUGUGUUCCAGAAGCCCAAGAACCGGAACCGAAACACGUGAAAGAAGUUCACGUCUGGGCAGCGCUCGGGUGGAAUUUUAAGUCGGAACUCUACUUCUUCGAGGUUCCAGGGAAGAACACGAAUGGGAAGAUGACGAUGCAAAUAUAUCGAGAUGAGCUCCUCAAGAAUGCUGUCGGUCCCUGGCUUGCGUCUGGGGACCGGUUUGUUCUCGCGGAGGAGGGCGAUCCCGCGCAUGGCACAGGCAAGCACAACAUUGUCCGGGACUGGAAGCAGGACCACCAGUUAAACUACUUUUUCAACACGCCUGGAUCCCCAGACCUCUCUCCCAUCGACAAUGCAUGGAACGCUAUAACGCAGUACUUAGUCAAGUUCACCGUGAAAACCGAAGAGGAGCUUCGGGGCCUCAUGAUCGAAGCAUGGAAGGCGCGAUCCCAAGAUUGGAUCAACAGAUUGGUCGACUCAAUGGUACAACGGAUGCAGGAUGUUGUCCAGGGUGAGGGUAGAAUGACGGGUCAUUAA